GCGUGAGUGCAACGUUUGACUGAAAGGCAGCGACAACAACAAAAACAACAACAGAGAGACACCAAGGCAAAAGCAACAACAAGUGACGUGCAACAACAACAACAACAGAAACAGCAUGUGUUGCAUGCAGUGAACAAAAAACAAAAAAUAAAAACAACAAGGCGAAAACAUAAACAGAAGUAUUCUAUUAAUAUUUAAAACAAAAAAUAGUGAACUUAGAGUGAACGUAUCGGAAAAAGUCGCUUGAACUGCUCCCAGGAAAAGUUCUCGUAACGCCCCCGAAAAUGUUUUAGAAACCACGCGGAAAACCUGCAAAAGAACCGAUAAGAACGGAAAACUCUACAUCAGCACCAUGGACAUGACCAAACAGAUUGUGGACUUUGAGUUGAAGACGGAGGUGGGUGAGGUGGAUCAGUACGAGCCCAGUGACUACACGAUGGCUCCCUUGGAGGAGCCCAAGAUGGUGGUGGAGCCACAGUUGGACGAGCCAGAGGAUUCAGACAGGAAAUACUCCCCCGAGAGGGUGGUGGAAACCACUUUGGAGGAUCACAAACAGGAUGUGAGCCAGGGGGAAAAAGAUACAGAUGUAAAAUCAACCGAAAAAGAUACAGCAACAUUGGUGGUUAAGCCGAAGGCCAGUCUGAUGAACGAUCAGCCGAUGACCCCGCCACCACGACCCUUGACCUCCAGUGAAGUGGUGGGUCUGCGGGAUCCCGAUGAUCCCGAGCUGCGCCUGCGCCUGGAGGCCAAGAAGUCGCGCUCCCUGCCAGUCUCCCCACAACCCCAGCAAAGCCUCAAGCUAGCAGGCUCCGCACUCUUCGAAUUCGGCCAGCGAUCCUCGCCAGUGGAGGCUAAAAUCAAAUCUAAUCCCGAGCUGAAGGCCCCCAGGAGGAAAAUGGCUCCUCCCAGCGGCGGUGGCGAUAAUCAGCAGUUCUGCCUGAGGUGGAACAACUACCAGUCCAACUUAACCAACGUCUUUGAUGAGCUGCUGCAAAGCGAAUCCUUCGUGGACGUGACCCUCUCCUGCGAGGGUCACUCGAUCAAGGCCCACAAAAUGGUCCUCUCCGCAUGCUCACCUUACUUCCAGGCCCUGUUCUACGACAAUCCCUGCCAGCAUCCCAUCAUCAUUAUGCGGGAUGUCAACUGGUCGGAUCUGAAGGCCCUGGUGGAGUUCAUGUACAAGGGCGAGAUCAACGUGUGCCAGGAUCAGAUAAAUCCGCUGCUCAAGGUGGCCGAAACCCUGAAGAUCAGGGGUCUGGCCGAGGUGAGUGCGGGUAGGGGCGAUGGAGGCGCCUCCGCACAUCCCAUGUCCGUCUACGACGACGAGGAAGAGGAGGAGGAACUGGCCUCAGCCACCGCGAUCCUGCGACAGGAUGAUGACCCCGAUCCGGAGGAGGAGAUGAAGGCCAAGAGACCCAGACUGCUGGCCGAGGGAGCCCUGGAUCUGAACCAGAGGCAGAGGAAGAGGUCCCGGGAUGGCAGCUACGCCACUCCAAGUCCCUCGUUGCAGGGUGUGGAGUCUGAGAUCUCCGAGAGGUGCUCCGCCGCGACGCCCGGACAAAAUCAGAGCCAACCGCUGGCCAUGACCACCUCCACGAUAGUGAGGAAUCCCUUCGCCUCACCCAAUCCCCAGACUUUGGAGGGCAGGAAUUCGAGUGUGGGUGGCAACCAGAGGAACUCGCCACAACCGCAGGGUCACAGCAAUGGAAACGGUGGCGCCACCAUGCACUCCCCGCCCGGAGGCGUGGCCGCCCAGUCCGCCCUGCCACCCCAUAUGGCCGCCGCUGUGGCUGCCGCUGCCCACCACGCCGCCGUCGUGCCCCCUCCCCCGCCAGCAGCCAUGCAUCACCAUGCCGCCGCCGCUGCCGCCCAGCAGUUGGCCGCCCAGCACCAGUUGGCCCACUCACAUGCCAUGGCCAGCGCCUUGGCCGCCGCAGCCGCCGGAGCGGGAGGAGCAGGGGGAGCGGGUGGAGCGGUAUCCGGAAGUGGAGCCGGAGCCAGUGCCCCGACCGGCGGAGCAGGAGUGGCGGGAAGCGCCUCCGCCUCGUCGGUGGGAUCCCACCACGACGACAUGGAGAUCAAGCCAGAAAUUGCUGAGAUGAUUCGCGAGGAAGAGAGGGCCAAGAUGAUCGAGAGUGGAGGACAUGGUGGCUGGAUGGGAGCUGCAGCCGCUGCAACUGGAGCAGCUUCAGUGGCGGCAGAUAGCUACCAGUAUCAGCUGCAGUCCAUGUGGCAAAAGUGCUGGAACACCAAUCAGCAGAACCUAGUGCAGCAGCUGAGGUUCCGCGAGCGAGGACCCCUGAAGUCCUGGCGCCCGGAGGCGAUGGCCGAGGCCAUUUUCAGUGUCCUGAAGGAGGGUCUCUCCCUGUCCCAGGCAGCCCGCAAGUUCGACAUCCCCUACCCCACCUUCGUGCUGUACGCCAACCGGGUGCACAACAUGCUGGGACCCUCCCUGGAUGGCGGGGCUGACCCUCGGCCGAAGGCCAGGGGUCGUCCCCAACGCAUCCUGCUGGGCAUGUGGCCCGAGGAGCUCAUCCGCAGCGUCAUCAAGGCGGUGGUCUUCCGGGACUAUCGCGAGAUCAAGGAGGACAUGGGCGCCCAUCAGUACGCCAAUGGACAGGCCCAUGGACAAACCUAUAUAGGCGGAGGCACCACUACGAAUGGCUAUCACAGUGCAGCGGCGGCCAAGAUGGCGGCCCAGAACGCCUCGCUGGCUCCUCCGGACGCGGGAAGUCCCCUGAGCUCCAUGACGGAGACCCUGCGCCGCCAGAUCCUCUCGCAACAGCAGCAGCAGCAGCACCACCACCAGCAGCAGCAGUCGCACCACCAACAGCAGCCCUCGUCGCACCACCAGCAGCAGUCGCCCCACGCUCAGUCCAUGAACAUGUACAAGUCGCCGGCCUAUCUACAGAGAUCCGAGAUCGAGGAUCAAGUAUCCGCAGCGGCGGCCGUGGCAGCGGCGGCGGCCAAGAACCAGCAGAGGGGUUCAGAGAACCUGCCCGAUCUGAGUGCCCUGGGUCUGAUGGGCCUCCCCGGGCUGAAUGUGAUGCCCUCGCGGGGAUCGGGCGGAGGAAGUGGCGGAGCGCCGCCCAACAGUGCCGCCUCCUAUGCCCGCGAGUUGUCCCGCGAAAGGGAACGCGAUCGGGAGAGGGAGCGGGAGCGGGAGCUGUCCCGCCAGUACGGCAGCCAGUCCAGGGGAUCGAGUUCCGGUUCCGGCAGUGCCAAGUCCCUGACAGCCAGCCAAAGACCAGGAGCCGCCUCGCCCUACUCCGCCGCCCACUAUGCCAAGCACCAGGCGAGUGCCUACAACAAGAGGUUCCUCGAGAGCCUGCCCGCUGGCAUUGACUUCGAGGCCAUUGCCAAUGGGCUGCUCCAGAAGUCGGUGAACAAGAGCCCCCGCUUCGAGGACUUCUUCCCAGGACCAGGCCAGGAUAUGAGUGAGCUCUUCACCAAUCCAGAUGCGGCUGCAGCUGCUGCGGCGGCAGCCGCCUAUGCGCCACCUGGCGGGGCAGGCGGAGGUGGGGCCAUCCGGGAGUCGCCCCUCAUGAAGAUCAAGCUGGAGCAGCAGCACGCCACCGAACUGCCGCACGAGGAUUGAAUCCUGGGCAGGGGCGGGACAACGGGGGUGGCGCACCCUCACACACUGGGGUGGGGCGGGUUCUAGGCGAGCCAAAAGAAAGAAAAUUCAAGGGGGUGCUAAGUAAUCCUUGGAUAAUCCAGUAAGUAAUUAUGGUUUUAGUUUGUAAAAUAUAUGUGUUUACAGAGAAAAUAAUAUUUAAUCAAGCCACAUUUUAUUUAAAGAAACAUCUCUUGAAAUAGAAAAAAAUAUGUAGGAAAGCAUGACAGCCCAUGUAAAAUGUGACUGAUAAAUAAUAAAUAUCUUAAAUGAGUGACAAAACACACAUUGGUUAUCAAGAAUAAUAUAUUCAAAUAAGAUUACUUUCCUUAGCAAAAUAGCCCAAAAUGUCCAAAGAUUACUGGCACCUAGAAAUAUCUGCCCAAAUACCAGAACCACCCUAAGACCCAAAAUAUAUAUACAAGAAACCACAAACAUAUUUGGACUGCUACUUGAACCCCAACGUUUUUAGUGUCUAGUGCUUAGUUGAAGUUGCUAACUGGUUUUUACGCCUAGGCUAGUUUUAGAGCGUAACGAGGAUGGUAUAAAGUAUUAACCUAUUAUUAAAGCACAUCCCAAAACACAACACACACACAUGCAUACUUCGGAACUUUCCUGUAAGGAUAGGAUCUCGUACUUGUCUUAUUUAUUUUCGAGAGAAUUCGUUGCGUUGAUUGCCUUUUUUUGCCACGCGAAAAAUAAUAAUAAUACUAGGAUUACGAUUAACAAUAAACGUAACCGUAAACAUUUAAAGUUACGAUUAGAGACUUGUGCAUUUCUUAAAUGUAGCUUAACCCUAGAAUAGUCCACAAAUACAAAAACACACUGAAUGUUGUCAAAUCCGGUAAUUACAACUUUAUAUAUAUAUAUAAUACGUAUAUACGCAAAUACUUUAGAUACAUAGACCCAAACACAGAUAGAGGUGCACACCCAUACGCACGUACACAUACUUAUAUUAAUGGUAUUUCCAAAUGUAACUGUAAAUAAUGUACAAAUUUCCAUAGCUUUAGGCUUCGACUUAAUCUUAGACUUACCCCCAAAGCCCCUUCGCAGCACUUCUUCUAUGGUAAUCGUAAAUUGUAUUGUAAAUGAACGAAUGAGCAAACAACGCAGGCAGCAUCACAUUAAAUUUGUGCUAAUUUUAUGUAAACAAUCACACAAUCACACAGACACACCCAUACACCAUAUACACACCAUAGCACACACACACUCGACUGUCAGAUAUAUGCAUAUGUAUUGUCCGUACUCUGUGAGUGAACUAUUAUUAUUAUACCUAUUAUUACGAUUAUUAUUAUUAUCUAUCCCCAAAGAUGCGUGAGGCAUUCUUGAGUUUAGUUAAACAGUAAAUUAUACAAUAAUAAACAGAAAAUAAAAACAAAUUGAAAAGCUAAAUGUCAUCCAA